AAGGACAAGUAAGUUUUUAUAUUUUCUCUGUCACAUCCUUGUUUAUUUUUUGCUUUUAGAUUUUUGGCAGUAAAGGUCUUUUACCUUUCUGUUUGUUGAGUGUGCCUUUUCGAUUCCUUUCCUCCUUUUACUGUGUGAUUCCAUUGCACAGCACUCCAUCUCAUGUGUGAAAAUUAAGAUUCUUGCAACUUUGUAUGCCUUGUUUUCUUUAACUAAGUCUAUCUGUUUGUGUCAAUAUUAAAGUAGUAGCAAUUUAUUGCUUUAAUAGAAUUAUAGAACACAUUAGUCCAUAACUGAUCAGUGUCAGUUAGGUGUUUGUCUAUAACUAAUCAGUUUGUCAGUUAGGUGUUUGUCAACCAAAAGAGUUUCAUUAGAAAACUGACUUUGAACUUGAGCCACAAGAUUAAUUUUGAUUUCACUUUCGGGUGUUGAUACUUACCCGUUUCUUUCAUGCGUCUUUUCAGUCAAUAACAUUCAUGAAGGAUUAAGUUUGUCGUCAAUAUUAAUGAAUUGGAAUACCUUCCACUGGGUUGGUUUCAAAGGAAGAGUAGGGAUGUAGUAGGGAAAAUUUGCUUGAAGGAGAGCCACGUUUUACAUUUUAAACAAGCGCUUCGCGUGUUUAGUACUCAUAUUUUAAGGAAACUUCAAAUUUCUCUUUUGGCAGUAUAUCUCCAAACUAUGUAUGCAAAUUUUCGUUAUAGAUGUGUGGAAGAAUUAGAAACACCUAUUUUUUUAAUAGUAGUCCUUUGCUUUGUGGGUUUGAGUUCAAGGUAGAGGAGGAGGAAAACACAACUACACAAGGCAAAUAUUAGAUUGAGGAGGAGUAUAGGAAUUUUGCAUAUUUGAAGAGGCACUCCGGAACAGGAAUCCAGUAUAACUGAUAAGUGUUUGAAAGAGUUUUUAUUUUUUCUGCAAUGAUAAUGACAGUAUGAAAAUAGGUUUAAGUAACUUGUUUUGCCUAAAACUGUUGUAAUUUUGGUUUCUAAUGCUUUCCUGGUGAUGCAGGUGCCUUGACAUUCAAUUGUUCCUGAAGGGCUAAACAGAGAUCUACGAUUUGCCUGCAGUAGUGGCUAGUGGAAUAGCUGCUAUUGAAGGGUGGAGUAGCAAGUGGUUCGUCUUCAUCUUUCACAUGCAUAUAUAAAUUGCAGGCUCCUUCCGUUGGUGCGUGAGUGCUGCCUCAUCGUCAUAAUACUUCCUCCAUGGACCCUUAUGCUCAUUUGUCUAGUUUCUAGUUGUAGUUUGGUAUUUCUCGAGUUCCAUUCAUAAGGAUCCUGCUUUUGUUGAUAUAUGUGCGAUAGCAAGAUAUGGUUUUUCGGCUGUGAAAAGAGCGUGGAAAGAUGGCCAAUCCAGACGAGGAACAACCAGAAUCGCAGCAAACACAGCAGACAGAUGAUUACUACCUUUUCAAGAUAGUUCUGAUUGGUGAUUCAGCUGUUGGUAAAUCAAACUUGCUCGCAAGAUUUGCUCGAGAUGAGUUUCACCCUAAUUCAAAGUCUACUAUUGGGGUAGAAUUUCAGACCCAAAAGAUGACCAUUAAUGGGAAGGAAGUGAAGGCACAGAUAUGGGACACGGCCGGCCAGGAGCGGUUUAGGGCUGUGACGUCUGCGUAUUACAGAGGUGCAGUCGGAGCACUUCUUGUCUAUGACAUCAGCAGACGCCUCACUUUUGAUAGCGUAGGCAGGUGGCUCAGCGAACUUCACACUCACUCAGAUAUGAAUGUGGUGACGAUAUUGGUGGGCAACAAGUCCGAUCUGAAAGAGGCUCGGGAGGUGACAACCGCGGAGGGUAGGGCCCUGGCCGAAGCACAGGAGCUGUUCUUCAUUGAAACAUCGGCUCUGGAUUCGUCCAACGUGAACGCUGCGUUUCAGAAGGUGGUGAAGGAGAUCUACAACAUUUUAAGUAGGAAAGUGAUGCAAUCUCAAGAACUCAAAGUGAAGGAUCCGGAUUGGAUGGGAAAUGGGAAAACAGUGGUUUUAAAGGCUGAAGAUGAAAACAAGAAGGAAACAGAAGAAGCACAGGCUAAAAAAGGCAGUUGCUGCUCAUCAUGAUUUCCUGCUCAUUUUUCUUCAAUUCUUGAGGAAAAAAAAUAUAUUUUUCUACCAUAAUCUGUAAAUGACUUGCCUAAUUUACUUUUCUAGUCCUUCAACUGUUUGUUAUUACACUAAACACUUAUCUUUCACACAUCAGGCUAAUUGUUGUGAUUAAUGGAAAAUGGAUGCUUCUCUCA